AUUUGAGCGUCCAGCGUUCCAACCUCCAACUCAACUCACAGGCUUCACGGCUGACACACCUCAGAGCCCGGCCGGCGGCGGCAAAACCAUGCAAGAGAGGCUGCCGUUCCGUGUGAUUCGGCCGAGCAAAGGUGCCCUAGCCACUCUCUCUUGGGCAAAGGUGACAUGGCCAUUAGUCAAGCGGCAAGGCUCGCCACCAUGCUUAUGCUACUGCCGUUGCUGCUCAUUUCUUGCGGAGUCGGGAGCAUCCUCUGCUCAUCAAUGACAACAGUCCAUGAUAACAGCACGGACAUGAUCUCGCUGCUAGAUUUCAAGCAGGCCAUCACCAACGACUCAAGACAAGCCUUCACAACUUGGCACACCAGCGUCCCUCUUUGCAGUUGGGAUGGCGUCCACUGCAGCUCGGGGCGAGUCACUAAGCUGUACCUCAGACAACGAGGGUUGUUGGGUCGGAUAUCCUCCUCCCUUGGCAACCUAACGUUCCUUAGGACACUGGACCUGUCCAAAAAUGGCUUCACCGGUGAGUUACCUCCUCUCAACCGUCUCCACAGACUGGAAUACCUUGACUUGGGAAAGAACUCACUGCGAGGGACCAUUCCAGAUACUCUCACAAACUGCUCCAAGCUAAGGAGCCUAGACCUAUCUGCCAACUUACUAAUGGGUGAAAUUCCCCUAGGUAUAGGUCGCCUAUCCAAUCUAAGGAAAGUAUGGCUUUCCUCAAAUAAUCUCACCGGAACAAUCCCACCAAGCCUAAGAAACAAUAGUCACCUUGAAGACAUCGUGCUUACUGAUAAUAGGUUAAUGGGAACCAUUCCUAAUGAGAUGGGAAGUUUCCCAUCUCUUGUUUAUUUAGGCCUUGCUGGAAAUAUGCUAUCAGGUGGAAUACCAGAAACCCUGUACAAAUACAAUCAGUCUUCUCUCCAAUAUUUAUACUUAUAUUCCAAUAUGCUUGGAAAAACACUGCCAUCGAACUUUGGUGACACCUUCCCAGAUCUUAAACAUCUCUGUUUGGACAAUAACAAUUUUGAAGGUCAUCUCCCUGCUUCACUAGGCAAUAUUUCAGGGCUAAGACUGUUAAACUUUUCUUCCAACAAUUUCAUUGGUCAAGUUCCAGGUUCUUUUGGUAAUCUUGAACAGUUAGAAUACCUAAUCCUUCAGCGAAACAAUUUUUGGGGCUUCCUCCCAAUAGAGCUUGGCGGCUUAAAGCAGCUCAUCCAUCUGGAUAUGUCUGAUAAUAAUCUGCGAGGUGGUGUGCCAUGACAGAGAGUAUAUUUGUCGAAAAUAACAGUUCCGUCUCACUUGGAGGCAACAUGGACCUUUUAUUUUUGGCGGAACACUGGAUCUUCUCCCAUGUCCCGCCAUCUCUCGGAGAGAAGAAACACAGUAUGUACUACCUGAUUAUUGGACUACUCAUUACAAUACUUAGUUGCAUGUCACUCAUAUUCUUUCGCCUAUUUUAUGCUCACGAAGAAGACGUCAACAGCAAACCUAUCAUUGUACUACCUGAUUAUUGUAAUUCACAGGGUUGGGACCUUCCGAACCUUCACUUUGGCAAUAAACGAUCCGCUGAGAUCGUGGCUCUCAGUGCUCAAUCAGCAAAACGGAUUAAAAGGGGAGUUUCACGUAAACAAUCCUGGCCGAUUGCCAACAACUCCAUUGUAUUGUUUACAAGCUAACCUAGGCAUGUCUUGAUCUUUUCAUGCUAACUUUUUCCGAUACUAAACUUAUGGAUUAUUUUUUGCGGGAAACUUCUGAUCUAGUCAUCUCCAAUCAUGGUAGUACAACGAACACAAGAAAUAAUAAAAAUUACAUCCAGACUCGUAGACCACCUAGCAAUGAUUAUAAACACUCAAGCGAGCCGAAGGCGCACUGACUUUGUUUUUGAAAAGGAUGGUCAUCCCCGGCCCCUACAUCAGGCUGAUGCAUGCUACCAUAUUAUUAAGCAAAAGUACCAGAAUGUUUACGGUUCAGUACAAGCUCACAUGGAGCUAAAAGAAAAAAAAAGAGAGCAAAUAAUAGUUGACAACAACUGGCGGAAAUAGGUUGAGAUGACUAAACACCUUGCUUGUUAUUGGAUUGCCAUCCAAAUCGGUUGUAAAUACCCCGUGCUACUAUCUCCCAGAGGGUACACCAAAUAGCCAAAAGCUCCCUGGCUUCCGCAAGAGUGAGUAACUACCACAUAUGGAUCCACGCAGUGGCCCUGUAAAUAACCUGCAAAAAAUUUAUACGAGUUUGUUGUAAAUCAUAUCAUUUUUGCAGUUCCAUAUAGCCCAAAGUAAUGCGCAUACUCCUGUUCGAAUAUGUCCCGCACUGUUUGUCUCCACUCCAUUUAGCCAUGUCCCAAAUAAUGUGUUAACACUAUUUGGAGGGCUGACAUUAAAGGCUAUAUGAAUCUAAUGCCAUAAAUGUUUGGCAAGAGGAUAAUCGAGAAAGAGGUGUUUAAUAGUUCCAUCGUGAUCACAAAAGCAACAUCGCUUACUACUCUCCAAUCUUCACUUUGCCAAGUUAUCCUUGGUCUGAAUCACCUCCGUGUGAACAAAUCACAUGAAGAUUUUGAUUCUUAAAGGAACUUUAAUCUUCCAAAUAUGCAAUGAUUUUGGAAUUGGACCAGAAUCAGUUAAGUCUAGAUACAUAGAUUUCACUGACAAAACUCCAUUCGUGGAUAGUGUCCUGUGAAUCGAAUCUUGUUUAUCAGAGAGGUGAAUGCCCAUCAGCCUCUGCACGAGAUGUAGCCACGCGUCCCAUCGUUCUCCUACUAAGGACCUCAUGAACUGGAUGUUUAGAGGAACAUACUGUAAUACUGCAGCAACAUAAGAGUCCUUAUGAUGUAUAAUAUUAUAAAGAGCCAA